ACUAGCUAUAGGGAAGACGAAUUGAGCGACUAGAAACAACAUGUAGAACGGAGAGCAGCGGACAACUAAAGCGGAGUAGAGCAGAUGUAGCUAUAGUCGGCCGUCUGUCUUGUAACCUUUGCCUCGCUUUUGCGUCACGCUCAGUCGCGGUUCGGCUUUCUGCUGGCAAACAUUCCUUUUCUCUUCUCGCCAUCCGCCGCGUAACGGAAGCUACUUGCUGCUGCACCAAAAGUAACAAGCAUUCGCGUUAGAGACAUUAGUGACCCUGAAAUUUCGAAACUACUGUUUAAAAUAAAAAAAAAGUCAGAAUGCAUGUCAAGAUGUGGUUUCCACAUUUUAACUUUCGAGAAACACAAACGCAACAUAGAAAUAAUAACAUGUACUUUAUCGAAAAGGGGUUGAAAUAAUUUCAAAGGUUUCGAUCGUCCAUUAAUGCCAUUAGUGCGAUCACCUUGGUUGAAAUAAUCAUUAAAUGGAAUCGUAUGAUGCGAUUUAAGCGCACAAGCGUCGGUACGAGUGAGCGAGUGUGUUGAGUCGCGGAAGCAGUCGCGAGUCGCGAGACACAAAUUUGCGGCAACGCGCAUGCGAAAUCGCACGCGUGAGAAACGAGCAACGUAGAUGCAAGUGCAUUCAAGCGUAAAACCGAGAAAUUGAGUUUAAGGGAUGUUGGAGCGACGGCAAUUACUACGAAUUACAGUGCAAUCAAAAUUUUCGAACUGGCUUCACGGAUUGCAACAUUUUUUUACAGAAUUAAAAUAUGCACUAGAAAGUCCAGGUGAAAGAAAAAGGGACAAUGUUGUCGUACAUGUUGCCGACGGAGGACAAGCCACCGCCCGGCGAACCCAGCAGCCAACAGAACAAUUAUCGCACGACCAGCAAGCUGCAAAAGAGCACCACUGUAGUGAGCACAUCUCCCAGAAAAUGCACGGACACGACUAGAGCGAUGAUCGUCUCCACCAAGAUCGAGGAUCCGACUGGCAGCGAUCCUGUCGCCCGGCACGGUUUCCCUCGACCGGUCGAGAGCCCGAAGCACAAUGGGACGACAACCGCGAGGAAAUCGACCCUGCACAACGCCAGCAGGGUUACUAAGGACGACAGCCUCUACAGCAUCGACAGCGUAGCCAGUACCGCCGGCAGCGAACGUAAGAACAAGAUUCUCAACGGCGCGAAGCACGCCAGCCUGAAAAGGGUAUCCUUCGGCUCGAGCAAAGGGUCGAUGGUGGAAACACUCGUUUAUGAGACCCCCGUACAAGAGGAACCUGAGAUCAAUCACUUUCUGGACCACAACGGCCGCUUACCUCCUCCUAUGAUACCUGUGCCUGAUACUGA